GUGCAUAUGAAAAGAAGCAGGAAUUAUACUUAUAUUCGCGGGAAAUAAACACGUACGAUGUAUCUCUGUUACAUGUUUCCCUGUUACUACACGUUUUGGAAUCACCGAAGGAGUUGGGAUUUAAUUUGUUAAUACAUCGCGCUUGCGCGUAUAAUCAGAUCUUGCGCUUAUAUAAUGCGAGGAAUAUCCCGGGUUAAUCAGUUUACAAAGUAAUAACGACACAGAAACGCUACAAUGAAACCACGUGUAUUAGUCACUAGUAACGAUGUGCCUUCUGCUGGUAUAGAUCUUUUACGUACAAAAUGCGAUGUCACAAUCAUUCAAACUUAUAAGACUAAACGCGAAGAUGUGCUACAAGCUCUACCAGGACACGAUGCGGUAUUUAUUACAAGUCACAUUAAUGUAAAUAGUGAAUUUCUUGAUAUUGCAGGACCAAACUUGAAAGUAGUUUCAACGAUAUCAGCUGGUUACGAUCAUUUGGACGUUCCCGAAAUUAAAAGAAGAGGUAUUAAAGUCGGUAAUACACCUAUAGUUUUAUCGGCUGCAGUUGCAGAAAUUGCUGUAUUCUUGGCGUUAGGCGCAGCGAGACGAACUCACGAAGGACGUCUGAAACUUGAACAAGGUCAAGUGGACAGUCAUCUGCAAUGGUUGCUCGGUCACGGUUUCCAAGGAUCAACUGUUGGUAUCGUUGGUUUGGGCAAUAUUGGGCAAGCUAUUGUCAAACAAUUAAAAGGAUUUGAUGUGGGUCGUUUUGUUUAUACAGGUCAUUCUCGUAAAAAAGCAGGGGAUGAACUUGGCGCCCAUUUUGUAUCCCUUGAUGAGCUUCUUGAACAAAGUGACUUUGUAAUCGUUGCUGUACCGUUAACUAAUGAAACAAGGGGAUUGUUUAACGACAAUACUUUCGGUCAAAUGAAAAAAACGGCAGUAUUUGUAAACGUUGGACGUGGAAAGGUUGUAAAUAUGGAAGCUCUGGUUAAAGCACUUCGUAAUAAAACUAUUUUUGCGGCCGGACUAGAUGUUACGGACCCUGAACCACUACCUCCUGACCAUGAACUUCUGAAACUUCCUAAUGCUGUGAUCAUACCACAUAUGGGCAGUGCUACUGUGAAAACUAGGACUGAUAUGUCGAUUACUGCAGCACAAAACAUUCUCAAUGGGUUAGAGGGUAAGCCAUUAGUGUAUGAAUUAUAAAGUUUUGUUAUAUAGUUUAAUACCACAUGUUCAUUUGAAAUGAUAUACUUUUAUAUGUUUAAGAAUAUUUACUGAUAUAACCACAUAUAACACAUACUUUAAUAUCACCCUUUUUUUACACAGAUUUAUACUAUUUACACAUGUAAAACUUGAAUAACUUUUCUUUAAACAUUUAUACUCUAAUUUUUAAUAUAAAUUACAUAUUGCAAAGUAUUGAAAUGUUUCUUUGAUGAUGUACAAUAGAAACUGUUUUCUAUUUAUUACAAAAAUUUGUAAAGUCUUUAAAAUCUUUCCUCCACUUCUUACAUUAUUCUGUUAUAAAAUAUUUCAGAUACUUUCUUCCUUUCAAAUAGCUAUUUAAAAUAUAUAAAAAUGGUAAUGAAAGGAAAUACAAAUAUAAAAAAUUGUAAUUUGAAUAUUUUUUGUAAAUUAGACAAACAAUAAUGUAAUAAAGUCUCUAGCAUUAUUUGUAAUAUUUGUGUUCAUUACAAGUGUUUACCAAAUUUAACUGUAAACAUUUGGUAUUUAUCACCCGUAAUGCACAACAGGUAACCAUCAGGCUUCCACUACUGCAUUUUUUAAAUUGCUUAGGAUUGGAUCAAUUUUACUUUCCAGAGAUAAAAUAUGACCUGUAUUACAGUUAUGACCAGCAAUAAAACUAAUAACUAAA